AUGAACCGGAAAAUCUGGUACUCCCACGACCUAGCAUAUAGGAGCCACUCCAAAGGGCUGGGGACGGUCGAUCGUGCCCGUGGAGCAGGCCCGAGGCGGCGGGGCGCGGGCGCAGCGGGGGCCGGGAGACCCCCCACCCCGACCGGCUGCUGCCCUUCCCCAGGACCCUGCGCACGUCCCUCCCCAGCCUCCGAGCCCAGCUCCUCACUGAACGGAGGAGAGAUCUCGACCUUGGAUGUGGGUGGGCCCGGGGUCUGCGCUCUGAUCGCGGCCGUUUCUGUUGCUCCGCAGGCCCUCCCACCUGUCACCCUGGCCCUUCUCUGCUUGGACGGCGUCUUCCUCUCCUCGGCCGAGAAUGACUUCGUGCACCGCAUCCAGGAGGAGCUGGACCGCUUCCUGCUGCAGAAGCAGCUGUCAAAGGUCCUCCUUUUCCCUCCACUCUCCAGUCGCCUCCGGUACCUGAUCCACAGGACAGCAGAGAAUUUUGAUCUUUUGAGCAGCUUCUCUGUUGGGGAAGGCUGGAGGAGGAGAACGGUCAUCUGUCACCUGGACAUCAGGUUACCCAGUUCAGAUGGACUCUCUGGCCCCUGCCGCCCUCCUGCCUCCCACCCUAGCAAGUACCGAGGUCCUCGGCCUGCUUCAAGCCAGGGAGCGGCCGCUGGUCCCCGAGGGGCGCGGGCCGGCCGGUGGCACCGCGGACGCAAGCCGGACCAGGCUUUGUAUGUGCCCCGCGUGCUGCGCAGGCAAGAGCGGGCGCCACCCACACCCUCAGGGCUCCAGGGAGAUGCUCCAGCCGGAGGGCCCCCAGAAGACCCCGGAGAUAUGGGUGCUGGGGACCCCAGCUCUGAUCAGGAACUUCCUGUGUCAGUGACUCAGGCAGCAGAGGACGGAAAAGGCCCAGGCAAAAGUUGUAAGAAAGAGUCGCUGCCGGACUCAGUGGCCGCCGAGUCCCUGGGGCCUGAGAGCCACUCAGGGACGGGACACGGGUCAGAGAUGGCCACACAGCCUGGGCCGGGUCUGCAGCCCGACUUGGAAGAGGGGAAUGGGAGUGAGCUGGAGAGGAGCCUGGCGGCCGAGGAGGAAGAGGAGGAGGUGGAAGAGGAGGGGCCUGGCAGCUGCUCCGAGGACGAUUACAGUGAGCUGCUGCAGGAGAUAACGGACAACCUGACUGAGAAGGAGAUUCAGGUAGAGAAGAUCCACGUGGACACGUCCUCCUUCACAGAGGAGCUGCCUGGAGAGAAGGACUUUGCCCACGUGGUGGAGAUCUAUGACUUUGAGCCGGCGCUCACCACCGAGGACCUGCUGGCAGCGUUUUCCGAGUUCCAAGAGAAGGGGUUCAGGAUCCAGUGGGUGGACGACACGCAUGCGCUCGGAGUCUUCCCGUGCCUGGCCUCAGCUGCUGAGGCCCUGACCAGGGAUUUCUCCACGCUCAAAAUCCGGCCCCUCAUGCAGGGAACCAAGCAGUCCAAGCUGAAGGCCCUGCAGAGGCCCAAGCUCCUGCGUCUGGCGAAGGAGAGACCACAGACAAACACAGCUGUGGCCCGGAGGCUGGUGGCCCGGGCCCUGGGGCUCCAACACAGAAAGAAAGAGCGGCCUGUGAUGGAGAGCCAACCGCUGCCCUGAGGCCCUGAGAGGGCCGGCCUGGUCGGCGCCCCCACCCCCGCAGCUCAGCUGGGACCCCAACACCACAGGCCACACACAAGAGCCCUGAGCUAUCCUUGGAGCAUCACUGGGCGUGGUGGGCUUUAGUUUGCUCUGGGUUCAGAAGUUGAAAAAUAAAAACGUAAGAGUUGUUAUA